AUGCUCGCUCUAAACCAUACAUUAGAAAUCAAGAUUCCACUUCAAAAUGAACGUUUUGCUCAUAUUGCACAACAAGUGAUGAACGUAGACCCAAUACUAAAACCAGACAGCUUCCAAGUAGAGUACAUUAUAGAUCCGAAUGAUAGUGGAACAUUACUAGCAAAAUUCAGUGCUGAAGACGACAGGUGUCUUCGAGUAGGUGUCAACAAUAGCGUGGCUUCUAUGCUAACAAUCAUUGAAUCGAUUGACGAAUUGGAUGCUUUAUAG